AUGUCUGUGCCGUACACACGAAGCUCGCUGCUCAAGAUGUGGGCUGCGGUUUCGCUCUCUAUGUUUGCAGGGGCCUCUGUCAUGCACAACAUCCUCAAGCCCGACCUCCGGCUUGAGCGCGACUCGGACGAUGUCUCGUACGACGACGACGCGUCGGGCGAGGCCGUCACCGGCGGGGAGAGCCAGGCUGAGAGGUGA